AUGGAGACAGGAUGUGGCGGCUGCCGAAGCAUUCUCGCCACAUCCCUUCAAGCUCGACGGCGUGCAGUUGGGCAAGAAGGCGCAUUGGGCGUCCGCGCGCGGACUGUCCGACCCUUUCUUCUGGCAAGCAGUUCGCCUGCGUGCCCGAGCCGUGGCUCCCCUGCUUCGAUUGAGGGAUGUUACAGCCCGGCACUCCUGCAAGGCAGCGUCCAAGUCGCCCUUGUGGACUCCGCCUUUCUCAACGCCAUGGCUCGUCGUGUGGACACUCUCAUCUGCUGGAGCCACGAUUUGCCCUCCACUUCAAGAGACAUGACAAUCUGUUGCAACGCUUUCCUUCGGGCGGGCCUCGAUGUACAGUCGCCACUCUUCCAGGACAUGCUUCGCGUCAUCGCACGGGGAUUUGCUCGGCCAAGUCCUUUUCAGGCGGCCCUCGUGGCAUCCUGCCUGGGCCGACUGAGGCAAGCAGACGACGUUUUGCUCAAAGGUGCCGAACGGGCUGUUUGCGCCGCUUCCACAAAGGAUCCGAAAGCCUUGAUCCAAUGCUCUAUGGUGUUGCACGCCAUAGCCACCCUUCGGCCGCAAAGACGCCCGGAGGCACUCGAAGAGAUCCUUCUUGAGCUGCUGCAGGGCUCGCACCUCACCGACGGCGGAUUGUGCCAGCAGGCUUUGCAGCGGAGUUGUUUGGCGAUCCUUCAAGCAGAAGUGAAGUGGGCGGACGCACAGGACCGGCCAUCUGCGUUGAUUCGGUCCGUGGCUGAACGCUUACAAGGACUUGCACCGGCAGAACCUUGGAGAGUUGGACGUGCAGGCCUCCGCACAGCAGCGCGGGCACUGGGCCGCUGGGGUCACUCCUGUGAGCCGCUGGCAGAAACUGCCCCGCGCUUCCUUGAGGCACUUGAAAGGAAAUUGCCAUCUGCUGAACGGGAGCAUGCAGGGCUGCCGCCUUCCGUGCUGCUGGAAUGCCUGGGGUCAGCAGUACCAUUCGUCAAUCACUCAAAUGGAAGGCGGUCUGCCCAGAAGAUCUUCAAGCAUCUUGUGGAGAAGGCGGCAACCCUUCGCGCAGGUCAGCUGGUUGCCUUGGCUGAGCUAUCGGCACUAUGGCAAGCUUCAGGUAUGCAUGACGAGGAGAGCGACGACGAUGACCAGAUGAAGAAGCCGCUGCGGCACCAGAUCGCAAGCUUGGGAGCAGAGCUGUAUCGGCGCAGUCGCGAGUUGCCGUUGCGGGCCAUUCCUCGUGCACUGGCGGCCUUGUUGCAGCUCGUGCCAGCCGAAUCCCAGGAGGCUGACUUCCUUCCUUUGCUGCGGCGCUGCACCGGCCGACUGGGCUACCGACUAGGUGAGCUGUUGGAUGCAAAUGCCGCCCAGCACGAGCGACUCGAGGACUUCGAUAUCGAUGCGCUUGGUGAGGUGCUGUACGUCUGCGCUGCAGCGGGCUACACAGACGACAGCUUCUUGGAGACCAGCAAGCGAUGGGUGCUCCACGACAAUGCUGCGGAUCUGAAGGAGAUGCGUCGCAAUGUAACGGCCAUCCAUCUGCUGCACUCCUUCUCACUCCUGAAGGUCGCGCGCGGCGACUUGCUCCACAGGCUCGUGGCAGAGGCGAAGGGGAAGCUUGAGCAGUUCAGCGCCUUCGAGGUUCUUGGGUUCCUCGAUGCAGCGGCUAUCUUGCAGGCCGAAUCGGACAAGCCUGUCCCGUCGGCCUUCAUCUUCGACGAGAGCGACCAGCAGGGUCCUCCACCGUCCGGUAUCGGCGAGGAAGCCUUGCAUGCGGUAUUGCAGCGACUCAGCGAACUCUUGCCCUUGCUUGAUGACGAAGAGCUGUACACCUGCCUGAACCUCGCGUCCUCAAUCAGACUUCCAGAAGGAUGUACGCUGUCCGACAUGGAGCAGGAAGCAGCUAAACGCGGGAUGCUUGAGGCAGAAAAGUGGAUCGAAUGUCAGUCAAAGCUCGAUCCCUCAACCCUUCACGCAGCUUCGUCAAAUGUUGUGCACCAUGUGGUAGCUUCGUCCAAGGCCUACACAGGCCAAGUUGUCUGUGAUACCGGCGCCUUCGCCAUGUGCUGA